AUGACAUACCGCCCUACUCACUCCGCCGCGCCAUUUAACGCCGGGUACUCAGGGGACAUGACAAACUGGUCUCUUCAGCUCUCAACAGCCACGCCAAACAGGUCAGAACGCGGCACCACCGGCACCGGUGGACACGACACUCCGGAGCUGGCGACCUUCUACAUCCAGAGCUUAUUGCAUCGUUCAGGGCAACUCUUCCACGUCAACAAACCCGCCGACAUCCCCAGCACACCGCCUGUGACGAUCAGAAGGCCCAAGCUCCCAGAGACCCGGCAGCUCACGAUGUACAGGUUUACGCCCUGCAUCUUUUCGUCGUGGGUUGCAGGAAGUGCCCUGAUGGCUUACGCUGCGAACUCUGUGUGGCAACGGGGGUUGAAGAGGUAUGCCAUCCAAGCAGGCCGCCGAUGCCCACUGCACCAAGACCCAACACUCACGAACCCCAUUGGCAGCCGGCCGGAAGAUUUUCUCGCCACGGAUGUACAGAAGCAGGUGUGUGACGAGGUGCUCGCGCGCUCUUUCGCCUGUAAUUGGGACCAUGUCCCAGCCCCUGCGGUGGAAGAGGAAGGGUCACCCGCGGGUGCCGGCCAACCUGCGCCGUCUGCUCCUUUCGAUCUUGACGGCGCCGGCGCCGAAGCUACAGCAUCUCCUGUACUUGCUGGCAUCUCUGCGCCUGGAGUGACUACGGCUUCUGCCACACAUGGCUUCGACCGGGAGUCUACGCCGCAGACGAUGCAGGACGUGGAGAUGUUGGAGACCGUACGGGAGGAGGAUGAAGGUAAAGAUAAUGACCGGCCUCAGGGCGAAGGGGAAGGGCUGGUGCUCACCUCCAACGCACCAUCCAUGAAGCCCUAUGCUCGGUAUCACUCUGGACUCGACGGCAACAUGUCUCCGACAGCUCACCGGUAG